AUGAAACGAGAUGAUCUCCAAGGCCUCCGAGGGCUUGCAAUCGGAGCAGUUCUGGCCUUUCACUUCUUUCCGAAAACAUUUCCAAACGGCUAUAUUGGAGUCGACAUGUUUUUUGUGCUUUCCGGUUUUCUUAUGGCGAUGAUUAUUAGCUCAAAACCUAUCACUUGGAAUUCAGUCUAUCAAUUUUAUUUUCGUCGUUCAAAACGGAUUUUACCUCUGUAUUUGCUAACUGUUCUUAUUGGAUGUGUGCUGGUAUUCUUCAUAUUCCCCACAACUUUUCUUUCGAUGAACAUGGACUCCGCGUUCAGCUCAAUUUUCUUGUACCAUAAUAUGGCACUCGGACGAUAA